AUGUCUUCAACAACAAAUACACUUUCCCCUAUAGAUCUCUCUGAAGUGGACAUGACACUGAUAAGCCUUAUUGUUAAGAAGUCUGAUGAUAUAUUCAAAGAAGCAUCCAAGUCAGAUGAGUUUGAGGACGAGGAAUUUGAUAAAGAACUUGACAAAGAGCUCAUAAACAAUCAAAUAUUGCUACAAAAGCGCAACAAAAGCAAUAAUUCUGCUCAACAAGAAAAAGUAGAAUUUAUUUCAGCUAUCAAUGAGUUCUAUUUGCAACAGACCUUGAAAGCAAUUAAAUUGAUCAACCAAAACAUCUUCUUCUUGAUCUACAUUGGCAAUGAGCUAACCAAGAUACAUACCGUUGGUGAACAAUCAAUUAUCCAAACCUUACUGACAAAGAGACUGAAGAGUGUGCCUUUAAGACCCAUUAUUGGAUUAUGUGAUCAACUUUUGAGAACCUUAAUUGCUAAGGCAACACUUGGUGUUGGCCAGGGCUCCUACAAUGAGUUUACAGUAUGUUUUAUCAAUACAAUGACAAAAGAAAUUGCCAAUAAGGUCAUUGUAUGGUCAUCAACCAUUCAAAAGCAGAGAGAAAUUGCCAAUGGUUUUGCUACUCAUACAAGUAUCAAUAUCCAUGGCCAUGACCACUUGAAAGACGUUGUUGGUGCCAUUGAUGGAAAACUCAUACAGAUAGAAAAGCCAAGAGUAGAUGGAAAUUGA